AUGGCGGAGAAGAAAACGGAGAGCGUGCCACCACCGGACUACGAUAUGAAUGCUAAGUGGGACGCAUGUAUCGAUCUCACUACCCGCCGUUUCGUCUACUCCUCCCUCGGCGGCGCCUUCGCCGGUCUUCUCUUCUUCAGGAGUCCUGUAACAAGAUGGGCAUCGAUUGCGUUUGGUGCUGGACUCGGUAUUGGCUCUGCAUACACAGAUUGCUCUCGUGUCUUUGAUGCACCUUCUUCGUCUUCUUCAGCUAAUUCAGAGCCUUCUGUAUCUCAGGAAGCGGACGAGUAG